AAGGAUGCCCCGUGGUGCUACAGAAAACAACCCCCAAACCAUCCAAAUGCAAAGAAGAACAAGCAAAGGCAUCAUUGGGUGUGAUGGAUAUUUUCAUUCCUGAGUGUAAACCCAAUGGACAGUACAAUGAGGUUCAAUGCUACACGUUUCCUGUUACCGGCAAGACCCAAUGUUGGUGUGUUGACGUCGACUCGGGCGUAGAGCAAGCAGGAACAAGACUUGAUGAAAGGCAGCCCAAUUGUCUGCAAAGUACCACGACUAGUGCUCCAGUCACGACCCCUGCUGUUCCUCCWGCGCUUAUUGUAUGCGUGGUGACUGUAUACAGGUGCUGUCCCGAUGGGGUUACUGCAGCMAAAGGACCAAACAACCAAGGCUGUCCUGUACUMACUACGCCUCCUCCUGUACCACUGGAAACCAGUCCAACAGUACCUCCAGGGUCAGCCAAUGAAGUUUGUGUUACCAUACGAUUCAAGCAAGUAUGGUAUCAACAGCUUUUGAACCAUGCUGGGUCAUAUUAUCUAGAGUUGCAGAAAAAUUUAGAAAAAUCGGUGAAACAGAUCUACAAAAUCCACCCAGACUUUGUCAAUGUACAUUUUAGUGAUGCAAGGCCUGAGCCGAAUCCAAUGCAUCCAUCAGGUGCGAAGGCUUUGGCAGUGUUUUUCGUUCUUUCCUUCCGUCGCCUGGUGGCAGAUCCGUUAGCUACACUGAGGGACAGCAUCGACGAGAAGCCAAACCUAGCAGAGAGAUCAGUAUUUCCAAUGACACUUAGGAAUCUAGGAAAGCCAUCCAAUUUAAAAUGUCCACAAGAGAAUUACAAGCCGUUCAAUCCACAUGUUAA